AUGAAUGCGUUAGCUGUUCUUUUAGUCUUUGGCUCGGUUAUCGUUGCCAAUGGUAAGCUGGAUCCACGUAUCGUUGGCGGUCAAGUUGCUGCAUGGGGUAAAUAUCCUUACCAAGUAUCAAUAAGACAAUCAUCUAGACACAUAUGUGGAGGGUCCAUUAUUAACAAGUACUUUAUCCUCACCGCUGCUCACUGCAUUUAUUAUGUAUCUGCCGAUCGCAUCAAAGUCGUCGUUGGAAGUAAUUAUUUAAAGCAAUUGGGAGUAUAUUAUCAAGCUGCAGAAUUAUUUUACCCUGUUUCCUACGACGACAAAUUAAUUAUUGACGAUAUCGGAUUAAUACGCGUGAAUGGAGGCAUUGAAUUCAACGAACUAGUUCAACCUAUCCUUCUCGCGCCUGUAUAUGAUAUUAAUCCAGGCGAAACUGCUGUUGUCACUGGUUGGGGAAGAUUGUCUACUGAUAAUGUAAUAUCUAACUUGUUGCAAGAGAUUUACUUGACUGUAAUAUCACAAGAAGAAUGCAAGGAUAAAUACUGGUCGGUGACAGAAACUAAUAUCUGUACGUUGACCAAGAUCGGCGAGGGUGUUUGCAAUGGUGACUCCGGUGGCCCUAUGGUCGUGAGUGGCUCACAAGUCGGAAUCGUUUCGUACGGUUAUCCAUGUGCAAAGGGAUAUCCUGACGUGUACACCAGAGUAUAUCCUUACAUAGAUUGGAUAAAUAACAUUACAUCACAAAACUAUAGCACAGGGAAUGCAGUCGACGUGCGCUUAAACAAGUGGACUACACUGUUACUCGCAACAGCAACACUCCUGGGACAUAAACAUUUAAUCUUAUAA